AAGUACAAAUGAAGAUCAUCUUCGACAAACUUGACAUUUAUAUACAAAGUUUCUUCUUCUGAUUCCCGUUUCUCAGACAAAGAAGUUGAAGACUUUUUUUCUUUAGUGACUGAUUCUUAAAACUAUAUCGGGAUUUUUGGUAAUAGGACUAUGGGAAUAACAGAAGCGCUAAGACUGCAUAUGGAAGUACAAAAGCAGCUUCAUGAACAAGUUGAGAUCCAAAGAAAGUUGCAGUUGCGGAUUGAAGAACAAGGUAAAUACCUCGAAAUGAUGUUUGAGAGGACGAAGGACAUUGGGAAAGAUUUCAAGGUAUCAUCAUCAAUAACAGAUGAACAUCCUUCACCAUCAACUGAGCCAAAGCAUUCGCCUCCCAACGACAAAUCAGAAGCACUCGAGAAAGAUCCUGUCAGUUUGAACGAUCGUUCAAUCACCGGACAAGAAAGCAUGGUGGAGACUCGUGUUGUUCACCUCCGUCAAAACGAGCAAGAACUGAGGAAAGGUCAGAUCUUCAUGAAUCUUGAUAGACUCAUUUGUAAUAUGUAGCCCAGCGGGAUAGCUGAAAUGUGAAUUGCUGUCUUUACAAAUGUUAUCGACUUGAUGAAAGCUUCCGGCUUGAAAAUACUCGUCUUCUUUGGUUGUUUCA